AUGGACAGCCCGGGGUUGUUCGUCUGGGGGCUUACGCUUUGUGCGUGUGUCAGCGGGUUAUUAUUCGGCUACGACACCGGCGUCAUCUCCUCGACCCUCAUAUCAAUAAACGCCGACCUCUCUCACCCCCUCACAACCCUCGACAAAUCCUUAAUCACCUCCUCUACCUCCCUCGCUGCUCUUCUUGCCUCCGCGCCCGCCGGCCUGCUUGCCGACGCGCUCGGCCGCAAACCGCUCAUCCUUGCUGCCGACCUCUUAUUUAUCUUCGGCGCGCUCCUGCAAGCGCGGGCGACCAGCGUUAGUACCAUGGUAGCCGGGAGAGCGAUCGUGGGUGUUGCGAUUGGGGCUGCGAGUUUUGUUACACCGUUAUAUAUCGCGGAGCUUAGUCCUAGUGCAUUUCGCGGAAGGCUGGUCACGGUGAGCAGUUUGUUUGUGACAGGAGGGCAAGUAGUGGCGUAUAUCGUAGGUUGGGGAUUUAGUGAAAGCGAUGGGGGGUGGCGGUGGAUGGUGGGACUGGGCGCGGGACCGGCGGUGCUGCAGGCAGGGAUGCUGCUGUUUAUGCCAGAGACGCCGCGGUUUUUGAUGGGAAGGGGGAGGGUAAGGGAGGCGAGGGAGGUGCUGGGGAGGGUGUACAGCGGUCUCGAUGGCGUCGUGGAGAAGGUCCUGCGGCGCGUGCAGACUGAGAUCCAGCACGAGGAACGCGCCGCGCCACACAGUCCGAAAGACGAUGGCUCCUGGCGCUCCCGCGUGCAAAGAGCCACAGCCUCAUUCCGCGCUCUUACCGCCCCUGGCGCGAAUCGCCGCGCCCUCGCCCUCGCGUGCCUCCUCCAAGGCGCUCAACAACUAUGUGGUUUCAACAGCUUGAUGUACUUCAGCGCGACGAUCUUCGCGCUCGUCGGCUUCGCCUCGCCGACCCUCACCGCGCUGUCUAUCGCGCUCACAAACUUCGCCUUCACGCUGUUGGCCUUUGGGGCUAUCGACCGCGUCGGUCGGCGCGCGAUACUGCUCUACAGCAUCCCCUUCAUGGCAGCGGGGUUAGCGCUGUGCGCAGGCGCAUUUCAAUUCGUCGACCUCGCGCCCGACACCUCGCACCCGGCCCAGCAGACGGCCGGCGGCGUCUGGCCGACCGCCAUCCUCGCCUCGAUGGUGCUCUUCGUCGCCGCCUACGCGCUGGGCCUGGGCUGCGUCCCGUGGCAGCAAUCCGAGCUGUUCCCUCUCUCCGUACGGGCGCUUGGCAGCGCGCUCGCCACAAGCGUUAAUUGGGGGGCAAACACGGUCGUCGGGGUGAGCUUCUUGCCGCUGAUGGAGUGGGCGAGUCCGACGGGGGCCUUUGCGUUGUACGCCGGGGUGUGCGUCGGGUGCUGGGUGCUGGUCUGGGCAGUGUAUCCCGAGACGGCGGGGUUGGGGCUUGAGGAGGUGGGAGGACUACUACAGGAGGGGUGGGGAGUAAGGGAGAGUGUGCGGCGUUUUAAGCAGCGGAAGAGGGGAAGGAGUGGCGAGCUAGAUGAGGGGAGUAGUAGGAAUUGA